AUGGCUUUGAUUUUGGUUAUUGGGAUUCCUGGAGCUGGCAAAAGCUCGCUUUGUCGAAAAAUGAAGGCCAAGUAUGGGGAUUUGGUGAGAGUCUCCUCAUUUGAUGAAUAUCGAGCGAUGGAUUUGGAUGGUGCCCGAAAUUCAAGAACGGCUCGCGAGGAGCGCGUCCGAUUCGAGAGGUUCAUCUUCGGCCAACUCGAGAAUCUCAAUGGAAUCCAUCUCGUCGAAGACAUGUUCCAUCUUCAAAGUAUGCGUCGGCCGUUUCAGAAGAUGUGUAAAUCGUUGGCGCUUCGUUUCGGAAUCGUAUUCAUCGAAAUCGGCUUGGACGAAGGUUUGAGGCGGAAUUCGAGGCGAGACCCGAACGAACGACAACCGGUGGAGACGAUUCGAAAGAUUUUCGAGAAUUUUGAGCGACCUGAACAAUCGAAUUCAUUGAGAAUCGAAAGCUAUGAGGAUGUGGAAUCGAUUGAACAGCUUCUGACAAUCGUCGAGAAGCAGAAGGCUGUGGAAAAGAAGGAGACGUCGAGAAAUGGCACUCCUUCAAUCGCCCAGCAGAAUGAUGUUUUAACACGAAAAAUUGUGCAGCAAAUAAUCCAAGAAUCGAAUUUCGCUAUCAAUGGCAAAUUGUUGAAUGAGGCGAGAAGAAUUCUUGAUUGGAAUCUACGUGUGAUGGAUCAGCCUGAAGGAAAUGCUUGUCAGAAGCAGACGCGACUAAUUAAUUAG